UCAAACUACUUGCAAACAUUAUACCUAUACAUAUAUGAUACAUAUAUCUAUAUGUGUGAACUCUUAGUGUAGAUUUCUUUCAAGUAUCGCCUAUCAAGUUUGACGAUCAACAAUUCUUUGUUUAUAGUGUUUAUUCUAUAUAAAACCGCGGGAAAAGAAAACAUUUCUGUUUUUUUUUUUCCUUAUAAUUGUUGAUAUUUUAUUUAAUGUUUUAGAAGACCAUGGACAAGAAACAUCCUGUUGCAACUGGUGGAAUUCUCCAGAAAAUUAAGAAAGCUGCUUGUCUCGAUGCAUCACCAUCGGACACUGGAAAAGGGAAAAGCAAGUCAUCGGAUAUCAAAGUGUGUCAUGGAUUUCACUUGGUAGAAGGGAAGUCUGGACAUGACAUGGAAGAUUAUCAUGUUGCCGAAUAUAGAAACAUAAAGGGCCAUGUGCUCGGGCUAUUUGCAAUAUUUGACGGUCAUCUGGGUGAUCGUGUCCCGAGUUAUUUGAAAGACAAUCUUUUUAACAACAUACUUGGUGAGCCGAAUUUCUGGAAUGAUCCCGAGAAGGCAAUAAAAAAUGCAUAUCGAUCUACUGACCAAUUUAUCCUCGAGAAUGCUGGGCAAUUAGGUCCGGGUGGCUCAACUGCAGUUACAGCAAUUGUGAUUGAUGGCAAAGAUUUGUGGGUUGCAAACGUAGGAGAUUCCAGAGCUGUGUUAUGUGAGAGGGGAUCUGCAAAUCAACUAACGGUGGACCAUGAACCGCACAUUGAAAGGAAAAGGAUCGAGAAACAGGGUGGAUUUGUGACUAAUCUUCCAGGUGAUGUACCUCGAGUCAACGGUCAACUUGCUGUUGCUCGAGCUUUUGGAGACCAAAGCCUUAAAGCACAUCUAAGUUCAGAACCUGAUAUUCGACAUGUACCUAUCAACUCCACCAUAGAGCUUGUAAUAUUGGCCAGUGACGGCUUAUGGAAGGUGAUGAGUAACCUCGAAGCAAUUGAUAUGGUAAAAUCUAUCAAAGACCCCUUAGCAGCAGCCAAGCGAUUGACCUCAGAGGCAUUAGCAAGAAAAAGCAAAGACGACAUAUCAUGUAUUGUCAUUCGAUUUGGAUGACCAGAACACCACCACCACGUCCAUCAUCUCAAAACCCCUGCAAAUUGGUAUUUCAUCCCUCUUAUAUUUAUACAUUGGGUUUAUGGUUAUAGGGUAAGUAAGACCAAAAUGUUGUAUAUACAAUAUUGUAUCUAAGCUCAUGGUAGUGAAAAGAAUUAUAUGUUCAUAGAGCUUUUAAAAUGCACUUUCUUAAUCUUUUCUUUUCA